GAUAGAACAGUAGCGAGGCUAAAUUCUCAGUGUGAUAAUCAGCCAGCCUGACAUGGCGGUUCUGUCUAUCACUGCAUCUCCCUCUGGAUAGACUGACUGUUCUAAUACUUUUGAAUGGUAAUAAUGUAUUAUUUAUCUAAAAUAUUUUGGCUUUUAGAAGUUGACAUUAUUACGAUUCUGUAUCAUUUAGAAUUAAGGUACAAGAUGUUAAGCUUUUGGAAUUUUAUAGCGUGUUAAUGAGUUGAGUUUGAAGAGUAUAAAUGCACUUGACAUUUUUAAGGCUCUUGGAUGUUCUAAUAUUUUCUAGAACAUUCAUUAAUGUUUAUUGUUCUGGAAUAUUAAUACAUUUAUUAUGGUUCUAGAAUAUCUAGAAGGCAAAAGUCUGAUUGUUCAGGUUCUAGAAUGUUAAUAAAUGUUAAUAAAUGUUCCAGGAUGGUAACGGCAAUUCCUUACUAAGGCUCUGUUAUGCUAAACAUGUGAUGUAUUAGAAUUUCCCAGACUCAGAUGAAUGUUUAAUGUUCUAUACUGUGCUAGAACCUUAGAAAAAUGUUUAUUUCUAGAUUGUUCAUAAAAAUCUGAAAGAUUCUAGAAUGUACAUAUCUGAUUAACAAUGUAGACCUUGAUAUAGUUUAAGGAUCUUGAAUAUUCAAAAAUAUUCAAGAUAGUCAAUAACAGAAUAUUUAAUUAGUCAGUUAGUUAGUUAGUUUUAAAAUGUGCUAAAACUUAGAUAUUACUAGAACAUUAAUAAAACUUCUAGUUCUACCUUUGAUACAUUUUUGAGUUUCUAGCAAGUUCUAGAAUGUUAAAUGUUUAAGAUUCUGAAAAGUUCUACAGUAUCAGCGAAUGCUUCAGUUCUGAGGUGUUGUACAGAGAGCAGACGAUGCAGGUAUCCACAGGUACGCUCAGGUACACGCAGGUACACGCAGGUACAUGCAGGUAUACACAGGUAUGCUCAGGUAUAUGCAGGUACACGCAGGUACGCUCAGGUACACGCAGGUACACACAGGUAUGCUCAGGUACACGCAGGUACACGCAGGUACACGCAGGUACACGCAGGUACAUGCAGGUACGCGCAGGUACGCUCAGGUACACGCAGGUACGCUCAGGUACGCUCAGGUACACGCAGGUACACGCAGGGACACGCAGGUACGCUCAGGUACACGCAGGUACACGCAGAUAUACGCAGGUACACGCAGGUACGCUCAGGUACACACAGGUACACGCAGGUACGCUCAGGUACACGCAGGUACGCGCAGAUAUACGCAGGUACGCUCAGGUAUACGCAGGUAUACGCAGGUACACGCAGGUACGCUCAGGUACACGCAGGUACACGCAGGUACACGCAGGUACGCUCAGGUACACGCAGGUACGCUCAGGUACACGCAGGUACGCUCAGGUACACGCAGGUACACGCAGGUAUACGCAGGUACAUGCAGGUAUACGCAGGUACGCUCAGGUACACGCAGGUACACGCAGAUAUACGCAGGUACACGCAGGUACGCUCAGGUACACACAGGUACACGCAGGUACGCUCAGGUACACGCAGGUACGCGCAGAUAUACGCAGGUACGCUCAGGUAUACGCAGGUAUACGCAGGUACACGCAGGUACGCUCAGGUACACGCAGGUACACGCAGGUACACGCAGGUACGCUCAGGUACACGCAGGUACGCUCAGGUACACGCAGGUACACGCAGGUACACGCAGGUACACGCAGGUAUGCUCAGGUAUCCCUAGGUAUCCGCAAGUAUCCGCAGGUAUAUGUAAGUAUCCGCAGGUAUACGUAGGUAUACACAGGUAUGCGUGUGCAGAGGUUUAUUAAAGACAGCAGGUAAAUAAAUGGAAAGUGCCGGUGGACUGGAGGUGAAGGUCAGCACAAGGACAGAGAGAACAGCUGAAGAUCAAACAGCAACAAUAAUCCAGACUUGGCUCAGGCAAAGUGGGCGUGGUUAAUGAGAUAACAUGUGAGUGAUGAGUAACGAUAACGACCUGUUGGUGUGGUCAUGAAAACCCCCUGGUGGAGAGCUGAGGAACUACAGUGAGCUCUGACCACAUUCUGAGAGGUUGCUUUACAGACGUUUGUUAAUUUUGAGCUGAAUAAUUAUCUAAAUAAAGCUAUAGUGAAUUUUGAUGCUGGUUAUUUUAAUAUUUUUAAAGCACUGUAUGAAUCUGUGUCACAUUCAGUUUAUUUUACACUCUACGAAUCCAGUUGGUUUCAUAGAGUUUUAACUUGAAACAUGUCAUGAUGUGAGUUUUUGCUGUUCUUUUGUUCUUUGAUCACUCUAUUGAGUCAUGUGAUAUUUUGAUGUCCCGACACACCCCUUUUUGGUUUGUUGGGGUGUGUAAAAUUCCCU